UGUGUUCGAAAAAUCGUUUCUUUGCUAAAUUACUGCUCCAAACAAACAGUUGUGUGUUUUUUCUUUUUCAAAAUUGAUUGCACGGAAUGGAUCCUUGUCCUUUCGUGCGGAUCGUUGUUGGGAACUUAGGUUUGAUUUUGCCGGAGAAAUCCAAUCUCUCCGCCUUCUCAUUCUACUGUAAAUUCAAGCUCAAGGGGCUUCCAUCCCAAAUCUCCGACGUCUCCCUACUUCCCGGCGGCGAAAACGACGCCGUCGACGCCAGAAUCCACGGCUGCUUCGCCUUGAGCAAGUUGGAAUUGGAGAAGCUGGCGGAUAAAUCGGGGAGCUCUUCUUCCGCGUGCUUGAAGAUCGAAAUUCGGCGGCGGAUUGGGAUUGGGAGGACGAGCGGCGGCGGCGGAUGCGGGCUUGUGAGCGGCGGGAAGCUUCUAGGCUCCGUCGCGGUGCAGUUGGAUUUGAAGAGUAUUCUGGAGAAUAUGGGGAAGUCGGUGAUUCAAAACGGGUGGGUUAUGAUUGGCGGGUCGGGUGUGAAAUUGCACUUGAAUGUUAGGGCUGAACCCGACCCGAGAUUCGUUUUCCUGUUCGACGGCGAACCCGAGUGCAGCCCUCAGGUUUUUCAGGUCAACGGCAACGUCAAACAGCCGGUUUUCACUUGCAAAUUCAGUUUCAGAAACUCCGGCGACUGGAAUUUGCGAUCCAGAUCAGGAUUAUCGGAACCAAGCACAUCAACCAACUGCUUCAACUCAAUCGAAAACGAGCACGCCGCAAAGGAGCGGAAGGGGUGGUCGAUCACAAUCCACGACCUAUCCGGUUCGCCGGUGGCCGCCGCCUCAAUGGUGACGCCGUUCGUCCCAUCUCCGGGGACCAACCGGGUCAGCCGGUCGAACCCUGGCGCGUGGCUCAUCCUCCGCCCGGUUCAGAGCACGUGGAAGCCGUGGGGCCGGCUCGAGGCGUGGCGUGACCGCACGCGCGGCGACCGACUAGGGUACCGCUUCGACCUCCUCUCCGACUGCGGCGUCGACGCCAUCCCCCUCGCCAGCUCAGACAUAAGCACCAAGAACGGAGGGAAGUUCAAUGUCGACAUCACCACCGGACCCACCCCAUUGACGAGCCCGAACAGUAGCUUUGAUCUGGGCUCGGGCUCCGGGUCCGGGUCGGAUCUCGGGUCGGGCUAUGGAUCCGGGUCGUGGGCGAAUCUGUUGUACAGAGGGUUUGUGAUGUCGUCGACGGUGGAGGGAGACGGGCGGUGCAGUAAACCGAAGGUGGAAGUCGGGGUGCAGCACGUGGCCUGCACCGAGGAUGCGGCGGCGUUUGUGGCUCUUGCGGCGGCCAUGGAUUUAAGCAUGGAUGCUUGCAGGUCGUUCUCGAGGAAGCUGAGGAAGGAGUUGAGACAGUCGGAUCUUGAAUAGAAACCUAUUCGGGUUGGGUCGGGUCGGGUCGGGUUAUAAUGGCAACUGGAUUUUUGUAUUAUUAUUUUUUGGCAGCCAGCUUUUACUUGGUUCUUUUCUUUCUUCAUGGGAGUGUACAGUCAUCGACAGCUAUUUGUUUUUUUUUUUUUUUCUUAUUAUUUUUUCUUGGAAUUGAUUAUUCAUUUGUACAUCAAUUGACAUUUUUUUAAUAGAAUUUUAUUUUUUUGUGGAAUCCA